CUGGAGAAAGACUUAGUCCACUAGGACCCUGCUCGCCUCCACCUCCACUGUGAACGGGACUACCUGAGGAGUGCAUGGACUAAUCCAUCCCAAGGCUACUGAUCACCUGGCCACCUCCAACUGCUGGGACCCAGUCUCCUCACUUAUUCUUUACCCAGUAAACUGUUGCGCUGAGAUACAGAGCAGCCUGCCAUCAACCUGAAGCUGGGGAUAAGGAUGCUUGGAUCUAGGAGGCUGCUGUAGAAGACUUGUUGGUCAUUUGGCAACAUGAUGUCCCCUUGGAUCUUCCUGCUUGUCGCAGGGGCUGCUAAGUUGUUGUCUGCUGAGUUUCUUCUACCAAGUGACUGUUCACAGGCAAAGAAGCUGUGUCUCAAAGACUCGGUGUGCAAUGCCAGCCACCAUGAGUUCAUGCACUGCACGCAUGGAAUCGCCACGGAACCCGUGAAUAAAACUAGAUGUCAGCAGGCAGAAUUGGCUCUGAAGAACCAUGGUCUCAUGGACUGCAAGUGUAGGCGUCGCAUGAAUAAAGAGGAGCACUGCUUGAAUGUUUACUGGAAUCUCCAUCCUCUUAAUGUACAGGGUUAUCAUAUCUUUGAAAGUUCUCCAUAUGAAGACGAUGACCAUGACAUUGUGAAGACUGAUGAGUAUAGUCGUGUGGUUGGCAUGGCAUCUGAUACUGAAAUCCCUGUCAACUCUAACGCUUGCUUCAAGCAGGCUAUUAUUUGCAGCUUGACUGAAAAGUGCAGCUGGGACAGGAAUGCCUACGCCGACAACUGCAGCAAAAAACACGAAAAUGGCCAAUGUGAUCGGCAAAGGUGUCACCAGUCACUGCGUCGCUUUUUCAAGAAAGUCCCUCAGGAGUUCUCCAAACGAUUGCUUUUUUGCCCAUGCCAGGAAAGCUACUGUGCAGAACGCAGGCGAAAAACGAUAGUACCUGAAUGUUCCUUUGAGGAAGAGUCCAAGCCAAACUGUCUGCAUCUAUAUCAUUCAUGCAUGAAUGAUAACCUGUGCAAAUCCCGUUUUGCAGAUUUCCAAAAACACUGUUACUCUUUUAACAAAAGGACAAAAUAUUGUCCCAAGGAGCAGUACGAUCUAUGUAUACAGACUUAUAUGAGGAUGAUUGGUACUAUAAUGACUCCAAAUUUCAUCAGCAACAAUAGUAUAAGUGUGUCACUUUGGUGCACAUGUGAAGGCAGUGGUAAUCGGCAAGAUGACUGCAGUACCAUCCUGGGAAUGUUUAUGGGGAACACAUGCCUUGAAAAUGCAAUUAAAUCAGAGCUUGGUGAACCAAUUGAGACAGAUUCUGUACAGACAGUCCCUAUGGAUAUGCAGAAAGAGGACACAAAUUUAUCAGUCAUCCCUGGAACCAACCUGGAGACAGACAACUUGCCUGUUAAAUCAGCAAAGCAAAACAAAAUUGCAAAAGUCCAUAAUCCAGCAUCUAGGGUUUCUUCUCCAUCCAUGGCACUGACUCUUUUAAGCCCUGCACUGUUGCUUUGGCUUCUAAAAUCUGUGCGCUUUGCGUGAAAGGAAGAGCUAUAAAGGCCCUGUUCAAAAAGCAACCAUGAGAUUCUCAGAAGUACCUACUUAUUAUCAUUCAUCUGGCUUAUAUGAAAUUGGCCUCUAAACAAGUAUAUUCUGCUUUAAAAGCCACCCUACUGCUGGAUUAAUAUGUGGGCUGUGUUCUCGGGCCCCGCGUAGACUUAUGUGCAUGGAUUUUCAGAAAAGUCGGGUGGUGACAUCGCAAAGUUUUUGUCACAGGGCCAUAACUUCGACAGGACAUGUGCUGCAGGCCCCCAAGGUGAGGAGUGCACUUGAGUUUCCCACCGCCAAUACCCAUGUGCUUCCCUCCACUUCCAGAAGCUGAUGUGACAUUGGCACAGGGUGCGGCCUCGGACCUUGCCUCAGACUCCAAGAUCCCUACUUCCAGCUUUGCCUUGAUGUGUUAUUUCCUAAGCUUUCCCAGUAUGUGAGGUUACACAUACAUUGACUUAAAGAAAUCCCUGUGGUGGGACCAAGCUCAAAAGUGAAGUUUAUGUAUCUUACAAUACAAA